AUGGCGCGGCAAAGGUCCUUCGGGGGAGGUCAAGCCCAGCCCUCGCGAUACAGCUUCAGAAAGGACACUACAGACAGUCAAGAGUUGGAUCACCAGGCCGAAGUUGCCACGCUCCCGACGAGGGUCAUCACUGUUGGGUCAGGGGAGGCAGACAUACGUUUGCACGAGACAGAACAGACCACGGGCAUGUACGCAUGCCUAAGUCACCCAUGGGGCAAACGGCCUUUAGUACGUACUCUCAAGGAGAAUCUCUCUCAGUUCAAGGCUGGAAUUCCUUGGUCGGUGCUUCCGCGGACGUUUCAAGAUGCCAUCGACUUCACCCGCCGACUCGGUCUGCAGUAUAUAUGGAUCGACUCUCUUUGCAUCAUACAAGAUGAUCCACUAGACUGGCAAAGAGAAGCAGCUCAAAUGGCAACCAUCUAUCAACAUGCCUAUGUUACCUUGGCAGCUUCUAAGGCGACUGAUUCGAGUCGUGGACUCUACACCUCAUCCUUAGACCCUAAGUACCAGGCACAGCAGCUAUCGCUUGUCAACGACGUCGACGAUACCGAUUUCCCACUGCUCGCAUGUUCUGAUCUUUUACAUAUCGAUGGCUUCUUUGACUUUUUCCCAAUUUCUCGGAGGGCUUGGGUGUAUCAGGAGCGGCUUCUCUCCGCCCGAGUGGUGCAUUUCGCCGGUGCCGAAGUAAACUGGGAGUGCAACUCCGCACGAAACUGCGAGUGCGGCAAAAUAUCCUCUGGAGCAGAGAUCCUGCCAGACAAGAUGCAUUUCGCGGGUAGUCUAGCAGAGCUAAACGGGAAGUUCUCAGGGCAAGACGGAGAAGCCCCCUUAGCAAUCCGUAACGAAACCAACAGAAGCCCAGACUACAGCACCUUCUCGCCCUCACUGCUCCAAUCACCCCAAUGGGGCCAAAGCAUCAAAGCCUGGAGACAAGCAGUAAAGCAAUACGCCCAGCUCAACCUGACCUUCCCAAAAGACCGCUUCCCCGCCCUCGCCGGCAUCGCCAGAAUGUGGGACCCGCAGUACCAGUCUCAAUACCUCGCCGGCCUCUGGCGCCCCUCCAUCCAUCUCGACCUCCUCUGGCUCGUGUACAAACCCUGCCGCCGGCCCUCCGAAUGGAGAGCCCCCACCUGGUCAUGGGCGUCCCUCGAACACGAGCACCAGGAACUCCUCCGCUUCGAUUCAGACCCCGAGUGUCUGAACUCUGGAAAGGGAAGCUGGUUUUCGCUCGGCAGGAUAGGGACUGAGGAUUAUGCGCCUGUAGCAGAGGUCUUGGACGCGGUGUGUCUUCCUGCCGGGGUUGAUCCUGCGGGAGAACUUCUCUCUGCGCAUGUCUUACUCUCGACGUACGUUCUGCAGGGGACGCUGGUCAGGUGGCCGGGCGUGCUGGUAGAAUAUGGAAGUAGUCCUAUUUGGCUUGUGGUGGGAGAUACGUGGGUUGCUCAGGGGGAUACGCACACCCGGGGAUUUAUGCUGGAUGCUGCACUUACAGAUGCGCAGGGCCCUUGGACGAUACCUGUGAGUAUCGUGCGUGUGACUGACUUUGGGCGUAAGACUGGGAAGGAGGCUGAGAUGGCGUGUCUCGUUGUGCGACAGAGAGGCGAGGCGAGGACCGGCGAGAUGGAGUAUGAACGUGUGGGGUAUGUUCGGUUCGUGGGGCGGGGGUUUUCGCAGGGCUCUUUGAUCUCGAGCGAGGAUAUGGGCUUGGAGGCGGAUAUGAGGGAGUGGGUUAUCGGAUAUCAGCGCGAAGUUGGUCGACUUCGUCAAAGGGUGGGGAGUGUGGAAUCCCCUGCACUGGAAAGGCUCGUGGAUCUGUUUCAUGAAGCUGGACGUCAGACAAUUAAGAUUGUGUGA